GCCGUAGUUUAGUCGCUGUGGUUUCGUAACAUAACCCAGCAGAGGACAAAACUGUAGUUACGCUGGUUUUCGUGUUGAACUACAAAAUCAUGACUUGAACAUCAUUUAAAAAAAAAAAGUAAAUAAUGCUCAAAUGUUUCACUCUUGGAAAAUGCUUGAAGUUAACAAUCUGGUCUUUGCAGUCAGUCAGACAUUUAACCCAUUAUGAAAUUCUUGGAGUGAAACCAGAUGCUUCAAAAGAUGAGAUUAAAAAGGCCUAUAAGAAGAAGUCCUUAGAGCUACAUCCUGAUGUGAAUCAAGAUGAUCCAAAAACACACGACAAGUUUGUUGAAUUAAAAGAUGCAUAUGGUACACUGCUCAAAGAGGAUUCACGAGAACAAUAUGACAAAGACCUAAACAUGGCUUUCAUAUACCACCGGCAUAAGACAAGACACAGAUCUCUUGAAGAUGAACAUGAUCUUCAACAUAAAAACUUUGAGAGGCACUUUAAUGUAAAGAUUGAUAAGGCUGAUUUUAUAAAACAAGUGGAAGAGAUGGAGAAAGAAUCCCGCUCUGCUGCUGGACCUAAGAUAGAUAGAAGUGUUGGCAAAUAUAUUGUGGCAUUUUAUAUAUGUGCAGCAGUUUUUGCCUUUUUUGUGGUGUAUUCUGAGAUGACCAAAAGAAAGUUUUCUGAAAUACCACAACAAAAGAGAUAUGUACAUCCAAGUCAAAUGGCCAUGAGUCAUGAAAAAGAAGCAUUCAUGAAACAUUAUAAGGACCAACAAGAUAAAGAAUUAGGUCACAUGUACAUGAUGAUGAGGAGCAAGAAAAUAAAGGAAACAAAAGAAGACAAUAUAAAGCAAGCACAAUUUGCAGAAGAAAAGGUUAGAAAGAACAGAAGAUUAAGGACAGGUGGUUCAAAAAAGAAAGAAGAAACCGCUCAGUAAGGACACUGUUUGGCUUAUCAGCACCAUUAUCUAAUUUUAUGUACAGAUUCUGGACUUCUGGUUUUACAUCAUGAAAACCUAUCUAUGGAUAUGGAUACAGGCAAAGGAAAUUUAACUUUUGGUAAUUUGUAUCAUUGGGAUGUUGUCUCAUUGAAGAAAACCCACACCUCAUUUUAAUCAUAAUAACGAGUAAUUUAAAAAAAAUAUGAAUCCUUUGGUAGAAAAUACUUUACAAAAGUAAAAUGAUUAAACUGAACAGUGUGUUAAAUAAGAAUAAUACAUUGAUUUUUAUCAGAAAAAUUAAUAAUUUAAAUUAAAAUCUCAGUUGACCAUCGUAUUGUUAGGUUAUUUUGAUAUUUGAAUUUGAAACACAAUCAGGAUAUUAAUAUUUAACAUUCCCAAUAGUUAGUCUGACAGUCAGUCUGUCAGGCUCAAAAGUGGUAGAAACUUCUGUUGGUUGUGUACUACUCCUUGUGUUUUAGUGAAUCAUUGAUUUGUUGACAGUCAAACAAGUAAUUUUUUUUCUUUUAUUAUUUGGUUAAAAAUCAUAAAAAUGUAUUUUUUUGCUAACUUGCUACCAGUUUUGACUUAACUGAAACAGGCAGUCAUUAAUAAGCUGUAAGUUUAUCUUUAAGGAAAAAAAUCUGGCAUGUAGAAAUGAAAAUCAUGGGCAAUUUUUUGUAUCCAAUAAGAAAUACAUCCAAGAACAUUGUCUUUACUUUUACCAGGGGUCUUAUUGACCUAGUUAUAUGAUUUGAAUUCUUAAGAAACAGUCUAGGGGAACAUCUUUCUUAAAACCCCUGUCAUUUUUUCUAGUCUACCUUAUUUGUACAUUUGAUUUUGUUGAACUUGAAUGAUUCAAAAAUACAUUUGUAAAUAUUUUUACUUGGUAAAAGCAACAUGACAGGUGUCAAUAGUGUAGCAGGCAGAUUUCAUCUCCAGCUAGAGA